AUGGUUCUCGAAGGUACGCUGGACCCCACCACCACUAUCACUAGCUCGCUGCGCACAUUUGCUUACAUUUAUGAUGUAGAUUUGACCGACUUCCCGGCCGGCUACGAUAGUGCCGUGUUCUCCUCGCCGGCCGUGGGUGUCUAUGACCUCCACGCCGGCGGGUCGAGCAACUCGAGUCACGUUGGUACUGUGUCGCCUCACGAUCUCUUUCUGCAUGACUCGUUUAUGUCGGCACCGAACUCGACUGCGCUCACCUCCUUGACUUCGCCCUCGGAUUACAAUGAGUCUCCGUACGUCGACAGCUACGACGUCUCUCCCAACUUUGGGACUGGCGACGCCGAAGCUGUCAGCGGACAGGAUGCAGCAUGGUUCCCACUCUUCGAUCAGAUUAACAAUGCGGUCGCCGGCGCUGCGGCUGCUGAUGACAAGAUAUCUCCAGAAUCGGACUUUGCUGAUCUCUCUGAAGACAAAGUCGAUAGCAGCAGUCGCCGGGGGUCGGGCCACACCCGGUCGGCCUCUUCGUCAACAAAGCACUCCUCUGUUUCUGGUGUGAACUCGCGGAGGCGGGAUAAGCCUUUGGCCCCCAUCGUGGUUGAGGACCCGUCAGACACGGUGGCAAUGAAGCGUGCUCGCAACACUCUGGCUGCCCGGAAGUCCCGGCAACGGAAGCAAGAACGCUUGGAAGAGCUAGAAGAGGUGAUUGCGAAGCUGACAGCAGAGCGUGAUCACUGGAAGAAGGUGGCUCUUAAUCAGUAG